AUGCCGAAGCUACUCUUCCUGAAUUCGUUCGUUUUGAUCCGUGUAUUGCGUCCGCGCAUCAGGCUUGACCAGGUGGUUCUGGCAAUGGUUUGUCGCAUUCUUGAGCGAUUCUCUGGCCAGGCGAUGGCAUCUGACGUUGGUUCCCUGGCGCGCCUCACACUGUACGAACUCCGCGUCCUUUUGGCAGCCACAUGUAGAAGUAGAUACAUACCUUGGAAGGGAGGCCUUUGUGUUUGGGUAUUUGGCCAGCGGUUCUUUGAGGCGGUGUUCGAUUCAGAUGCAAUGGAAGAACCGAGCGAGAAGCUGGACUCUGCAGGAACGGGGCCAUGUCUCCCAAUAUAUCCUACGUCAGCAAACAUCUAUUUUAGAUUUGGCAGCCGAACCGUUUGUGCCAAUGGAACUGCGUCCGAUCAUUGUCAUCCCAAUGUGCUACGCCUAAGGAUCCGUCAGACUUCUCUUGACCGCUUUAUCGAGUCAUUGUUCUCUAUCUUGUCGAGAUUAAGCGGUACCUGGAUACAGGACAAAUUCCCAGAAUGGUUCCUGCCCGAGAAUAUCGUCUUGAAAAUCGAAAAGAACAACUGGGAGGCCGAGUUUGAUCAUGAAAUUGUGGCAUACGACAAAUUGCGGUGCGUGCAGGGUACUGUCAUCCCCAAACUAUACGGCAUGAUCGAUUACCACCACAAACGCGCUGUGGUUCUUUCGGAUCUUGGAGGAUUCUCGCUCGCGACCCCAGAAGGUGCAGUGCUCGACAAAGACGAUCUUCAAUCCCUAUUGCAUCCCGCCCUGACAUCCCUCGCUGAACUGGGCGUUUGUCACGAUGAUACUAAACUCGACAACUUUCUGCUCGUGACUGAGGAGGGGAAGGAUAAGAUAAUGAUAGUGGACUUGGAAUCAGCAGAUUUUGAGCAAACGGAAGAGGAACUUGUCUAUACAGCGAAAAACAAAACAAACUGGCUGAUUCGACAGUAUCAAGGUCAUAUAGAUUGUAUGGAAUACGACGGCGUGCGUCUACCCCAGCGGCCCCUCAGAACGUAA